CCGGAGGGCUGGUGGGCGGGCAGGCGCGGGAGCGAGACGGCCCGGGAGCCGGGCGCCGGCCCGGGCGCAGGGCGGCAUGUAGCUGCGGGCUCCCGCGCCCGUGCGACGGUGUCGGCCCGGGACCGCGCCAUGGCAGGGAAGGACAGUGGCAACCUGAAGACGGUGAGGCUGUGGCGGGACGCCGCCCUGCGCGCCAGGAAGCUGCGGAGCAACCUGCGCCAGCUCACUCUCAGCGCGGCUGGGGGCUGCCCUGGGACCGGAGGCGACCCGCUCGAGUCCCCCGAUUCCCCCCAGCUCGUGCUGCCGGCCAACAUCGGGGACAUUGAGGUGCUGAACCUGGGAAACAACGGCCUGGAGGAGGUGCCCGACGGGCUGGGGUCGGCGCUGGGCAGCCUGCGCGUCCUGGUCCUCCGCAGGAACCGCUUCCCCCGGCUGCCCCCGGCGGUGGCCGAGCUCGGCCACCACCUCACCGAGCUGGACAUCAGCCACAACCGGCUGACCGCCCUGGGCGCGGAGGUGGUGAGUGCCCUGAGGGAGCUGCGCAAGCUUAACCUCAGCCACAACCAGCUGCCCGCCCUGCCCGCCCAGCUGGGCGCCCUCGCCCACCUGGAGGAGCUGGACGUCAGCUUCAACCGGCUGGCGCACCUGCCCGACUCCCUCUCCUGCCUCUGCCGCCUGCGCACCCUCGACGUGGACCACAACCAGCUCACCGCCUUCCCCCGGCAGCUGCUGCAGCUGGCGGCCCUGGAGGAGCUGGACGUGUCCAGUAACCGGCUGCGGGGCCUACCUGAGGAUAUCAGUGCCCUGCGUGCCCUCAAGAUCCUCUGGCUGAGCGGGGCCGAGCUUGGCACGCUGCCCGCCGGCUUCUGCGAGCUGGCCAGUUUGGAGAGCCUCAUGCUCGACAACAACGGGCUGCAGGCUCUGCCCGCCCAGUUCAGCCUCCUGCAGAGGCUCAAAAUGCUCAACCUCUCCUCCAACCUCUUUGAGGAGUUCCCUGCCGCGCUGCUUCCCCUGGCCGGCCUGGAGGAGCUCUACCUUAGUCGCAACCAGCUCACCUCCGUGCCAUCCCUUAUCGCGGGCCUGGGCCGGCUCCUCACCCUGUGGCUGGAUAACAACCGCAUCCGAUACCUGCCGGACUCCAUCGUGGAGCUGACCGGCCUGGAGGAGCUCGUGUUGCAAGGGAACCAGAUCGCCGUGCUGCCAGACAACUUCGGCCAGCUGUCCCGGGUGGGCCUGUGGAAGAUCAAGGACAACCCACUGAUCCAGCCCCCCUACGAGGUCUGUAUGAAGGGGAUCCCCUACAUCGCAGCCUACCAGAAGGAGCUGGCCCACUCCCAGCCGGCCGUGCAGCCCCGCCUCAAGCUGCUCCUGAUGGGCCAUAAGGCUGCAGGAAAGACCUUGCUCCGCCACUGCCUCACUGAGGACAGAGUGGAGGGCAGCCAAGGAGCAGGGGACAAGGAGAAGAGCUUCCCACCUUCACCUCCCCCCGUGAGCAAAGGCAUCGAGGUGACCAGCUGGACGGCUGAUGCCUCCCGGGGCCUGCGCUUCAUCGUGUACGAUUUAGCUGGCGACGAAAGUUACGAGGUGAUCCAGCCCUUCUUCCUCUCCCCAGGGGCCCUGUAUGUGCUGGUGGUCAACUUGGCCACCUAUGAGCCACGCCGCUUUCCCAGCGCCGUGGGCUCCUUCUUGCGUCGGGUGGGGGCGCGGGUGCCCCACGCCGUGGUGUGCAUCGUGGGCACGCACGCGGACCUGUGCGGGGAGCGAGAGCUGGAGGAGAAGUGUCUGGACAUUCACCGCCAGAUCGCCGUGCAGGAGAAGCACGACGCGGAGGGGCUGAGCCGCCUGGCCCGGGUGGUGGACGAGGCGCUGGCCCGGGACUUCGAGCUGCGCUCGGCCAGCCCCCACGCGGCCUACUACGGCGUCUCAGACAAGAACCUUCGGCGGCGCAAGGCCCAUUUUCAAUACCUGCUCAACCACCGGCUGCAGAUCCUCUCCCCAGUGUUGCCUGUUAGCUGCAGGGACCCCCGCCAGUUGCAGCGCCUGCGGGACAAGCUGCUCUCCGUAGCUGAGCACCGAGAGAUCUUCCCCAACUUGCAUCGAGUACUGCCUCGAUCCUGGCAGGUGCUGGAAGAACUGCAUUUCCAGCCACCUCAGGCACAGCGACUUUGGCUAAGCUGGUGGGACUCCGCGCGCCUGGGCCUGCAGGCGGGUCUGACGGAGGACCGACUGCAAAGCGCCCUUUCCUACCUGCAUGAGAGCGGCAAGCUGCUCUACUUUGAGGACAGCCCGGCUCUCAAAGAGCACGUCUUCCACAACCUCACCCGCCUCAUCGACAUCCUCAAUGUCUUCUUCCAGAGGGAUGCUUCCUUGCUGCUGCACAAGCUGCUCCUAGGGACCAGCGGAGAGGGCGAGGGAGAGGGGGAAAGUUCGGCCACCAUGGCGCUGUCCACGCCUAGCCAGGACCUGCUCCGGGCCACCCAGCUCCAUCAUUAUGUGGAGGGCUUUCUGCUGCAUGGGCUCCUGCCAGCCCAUGUCAUCCGGUUGCUGCUCAAGCCUCAUGUCCAGGCCCAGCAGGACUUGCAGCUGCUCCUGGAACUGCUGGAAAAGAUGGGACUCUGUUACUGCCUCAAUAAACCCAAGGGCAAGCCUUUGAAUGGCUCCACCGCCUGGUACAAAUUCCCAUGCUAUGUGCAGAACGAGGUGCCCCAUGCAGAGGCCUGGAUUAACGGGACCAACCUGGCCGGGCAGUCGUUUGUGGCUGAGCAGUUGCAGAUCGAGUACAGUUUUCCCUUUACCUUUCCACCUGGGUUGUUUGCACGCUACAGUGUCCAAAUCAACAGCCACGUGGUGCACAGGUCGGAUGGUAAAUUUCAGAUCUUUGCUUACAGAGGGAAAGUUCCUGUGGUGGUGAGUUACAGACCUGCCAAGGGGGUCCUGCAGCCAGACACCCUGUCCAUUGCCAGCCAUGCUUCAUUACCAAAUAUAUGGACCGCGUGGCAAGCCAUAACCCCCUUGGUGGAGGAACUGAAUGUCCUACUUCAGGAAUGGCCUGGACUGCACUACACUGUGCACAUUCUCUGUUCUAAGUGCCUUAAGAGAGGGUCGCCCAAUCCACACGCUUUCCCAGAUCCAAAUGCCUGCAUCACUACUCUUGCGUGUUGGGACCAUUACGAAGUAAAAGAAGGGUGACUUGAAUUACAAGGACUAUGAUACCACGACAGUCCAUCUGAUAAGCAAGGCAGCUACUGAGUGACUACGGGGCAGGUGGUGACUACAGCAUGGAGACACUGAUGGGGGCGGGGCAAGAGUUCAUCACGCUGCACAGAAUGGCGCACCAUUUAAAACUUAUGGAUUGUUUCUGGAAUUUUCCAUUUAAUAGUUUUGGACCCAGGUUGACUGCGGGUAACUGAAGCCUCUGAAAGCAAAACCAAGGAUAAGGAGAGACCACUAGACAUAUGGGUAGAUGGCUAGACAGUAGGUAGAUGAACAAUUUGUUCACUUUACUGUCUUUCAUUGUCACUGAGAGACUAGUGUUGUAGAAGGCCUUAGCUGUCCUCUGUAGCAUCAGUUUGGGGAGCUUUAGCUUCUCACAGUGUUCCCCACUGUUAAUUCACUUGCAUGCAUUUGUCUCAACAUUUUUUACACCAGCCCUCGCAACUUCCUGUGGAUAGUGAGAUUUUUAAGCUCUCGUGCCAUAGAUGCAAAUGUUUUUUGUUGUAGGGGAAGAAGGGAAAAUUUCUCCUUUGCUCUCAGAAGGGUCACUGAAAAUCAACUGACAAAAGGCAGGCAGAUUAAUAAGAGAAAAGGCAUACAAAUUUAUUAACAUGCAUGGGAGUGGGGGACACAGAAUGAUGACCCCAAGCCCCCAAUGGGGUACAGAAGCUCAUAUAUCCUUUCUCAUAGGGAAGGAAGGAGAUAGGGAAUGUAGACAGUUCUUUUGAGGGGCAGUAAAUGAUUAUUAGGGAGGAUGAAUGGGCCAGGGAGACAGAAGUUAACUUAUAAAUGAUUCUCUUUGGAAUCAGAAUGAGCCCGAGAGGCAGAGGCAGGCAUUAUCUUGUGAAAAAGUCUGUCCAGGUGUGGUUGCAUUCCUCAGUCAUCUUUUUUGCAGUAAGAUUUCAAGGAGGGCAUAGAAGGGAGGUUGUGUUACCUACUUUUGGUUAAGAAGCUUAGUUGGUUAGAUAAGGAAAUUCCAGAGAUAUAGUCCAUCCCUGCACUCGGGGGUGGGGGAGAAAUGAGAUAAGAUUAGAGGGACCUUGGUUCUAAGCCUUAUUUCCUUUAUUGGGUGGAUUUGGAUUCAGAUCAGCCAAAUUGAGGUCCUUCACUUUUCAAAAGCACCAGCAUGCCCAGGUGCCAUAUAUUGGGGUAUUGUUUUCUGUGCCUCAACAUUGUGUAAAGCCAUAAAUGGUGCCCUGUGGUUCUACUUUUUUAAGAUAUGAGGUGGCCCAUUUUUAGACUUUGCAGAGAAAUUGCUUACAGAAUCUAAAGGCAAGAUCUGUCAUUCAUGUAUUAUUGCAGUUUGUGUAGCAUCAGGGCUAACCCAAGACUGAUAAAGAUAAUAAGAACAGCAAGUUGAAAGAACAUUGAUAUAGAACAGUCUUUUACUUUGCUGCUGUUUGGUCUUUUAGAACCAAGAGCAAAGCCCUUCUUACUAGGUGACUCAGCUUCCUGCACCCUCCCUGGAGCAGUUUCUCCUGCAUAUUAAUAAAUGCCACGUGAGCCAGGUUCACUUGCUGGCCUAGGAUGUUUAUUUUGUGUCUGGGGGAAUCUCACACUUCUAAGUGGAAUCCUCCCAAGGUUUCUACCUGGCCUCUCAUCCCAACAUACACUGGAUGCUUGGGGAAAGAACCUCCCUCAGGGCCUCUGGAGAUGCUGAGACCCUCGAGCUUCAGCAGGUGAAUGUGCAGGAAGGAGGAAGAGGCAGAUGGGCUCUCCUACUUCAGGAAAUGCAGGAGGAAAAGGACUCAAAUAGCCAAGCCUCAGGAAGGGUGCAAGAAGAAUGACACAGAGGAUCGGAUGUGUGUGAAUAAAAAGCACACACACACACAAAAAAAACACCCAAAAAGUAUUAAAAGGGGAAAUAUCAGCUUGUAAUAUGAGAGAAAAGACUAGCAGUUUAUUCCUUUUGGUUUUUCUGUGGUUGAACUUUUGCCAAAUGCUUUGGAAGAGGCGCUGUGAUCUGAGGCCACAACUCUUUGAUCUAGAAGAGACCUAAGCAACGCUCCACCAGGGGCCCAUGGACCAAAUGCAGCUCUUCUCUUUUUAGCAUACCUGAGAUAUUUACUUGUCCCCUUCUCCCUCCCAUCCCUCAAACCAAAAAGCAAAAGCUUUAUGUAAUAAGCAGGCAAGCGUUACUGUUAGGAUGAUCAUCUGGCAGGAGCCGGGCUAACCAAGGAAGAGCUGAGCUUGUUGGCUGCAGGUUGGAGCACCUGCCAGGAAGGGUGGGACAGAAGGUGUCAGGCGCACCUAUGCUCAGCACUUGGCGUGGCUUCCCUUACAACAUUCAUCAGGAGCAUCUGAGAAUGUCACAGGUAAAGAUCACUGUGUGCAUCACAGGAGUAAUCAAGAUUGUGACCUUUGUUUUUCCUUCUGCCUUGUAACUAUCACCACUGCCACCAAUUUGGAGGAUGUUAGGAAGAAGCAGAAGUGAAAUGUUGAGGUUUAGUUUGUUUGGUGCUGUCUGACAACUAGCCUUGCAAUAGUCACUAAAGAUGAGUACCGAGUUGUAUCCCUAGUUUAAGAGCAUCUCUGAGAACCCCAAUCAGCCUGAUUUUCUUUGCCCUGUAGACAGUACUGUCUUACUGAUACGACUUUCCAAGUUGUCCUCAAAGCUUCACGACAUACAAGGGCAUUUCUGAGUUUUUGUUUUGUUUUGUUUUUGUUUUUUUUUAAAAAGCAGUCUCAGCAUUCAGAAUUGAAACUGGACUUGAGAAGUUCACAGAUGACUGGAGAUGGAAAUUUUCUUUACAUUGUAAAAUGGCCUAGAACUCAGUGGAUUCUUUCAUUGUGAAGACUUUCAGGGAUAUAGGGUGAAAAUGAAAAUGCAGUUCUCGAAGAGGUUCACAAUUUUUGAUGGUAUAAGUGUUCGCAGCUGCUGUUGGAAUUCAUGCCUUAGGAUAUAUCCAAUUAACAAGGGGUUUUAUCAGUUUGACUAAUUUUCAUGGGGAUCUAUAGUCAGUUAUCCCUCAGUAUCCUUGGGUAAUUGGUUUCAGGACACCUAAGGGCACCAAAAUCCAUGGAUGUUCAAAUCCCUGAUAUAAAAUGGGAUAGUAUUUGCAUAUAACCUACACAUAUC